AUGGCGACCGCUGAUGCGACCAUUUUGAAGGGAGAUGCUGAGGAGAAAACUUACGGGGAUUUUAAGGAAGAGCUACUCCAAAAACUCAAUGAGCUCAGAGAAACAAACAUUCUCUGUGAUACGAUAAUUCGAGCCCAAGGACAGGACUUCCCCGCUCACAAGUGUGUUCUAUCAGCUGCCAGUCCUUACUUUCGGGCAAUGUUUACAGGUGAAUUGAGAGAAAAAGAAAGUAAACUUGUUGAUAUACAAGAUAUCAAGUCUUCGACUCUUAAUGAUGUUCUUCGGUAUGUUUAUACUGGUGAAACAAGAAUCGACUCUUCCAACGCGAAAGAUUUGGUGAUGGCCGCAGACUAUUUGAUCAUUCCAAGUUUGAAAGGGAGAGUAACCCGUUUCCUCGAAGAAACAUUGAAAGCUUCGAAUUGCUUGGCUUUAGAAUCGUUUGCUUCUCGGUACAACUGUGAGUCACUCAAAAGGGCUGCAGUUGACUAUGAGAUGGAAAAUUUUGUGGAGGUCGCGAAAUCCGAAGAUUUCAGACUGCUUGAUGUGGAGAAAGUUACAGAACUGAUUUGCAUGGACGAGAUAAACGUGGCCGAGGAAGAGGAAGUGUAUGAAGCAGUGAUGGCCUGGGUCAAACAUGAUCUUUCAUCCAGGGAGUGUUUACUUCAAAGUCUACUUAAAUGUGUAAGACUUUUCUCAUUAUCAAAGUACAAACUUCGAAAUAUUUUAGAUGAGGAGUUAGUCAGUAAGGAUCCAGUUUGCAUGAAAGAAGUAAUAUCUGCAUUAGAUUUGUUCAUAUUCCCAGGUGAGUUGCUAGUCACAUCAAUGAAACCUCGUCUCUCAUUGAGCAGUUGGGAAGACGUUGUGAUUCUUACUGGUGGAGAAGUUACAUGGGGAUCAAACUAUGACACUACUGUGUGUUUUGUACCUUCCACCUUAGGAUGGUUUUACUUACCCACAAUGCCUUUUUCUCGUUCCCUUCAUGGGGCUGCAAUUUGUAGUGGGAUCUUGUAUGUGAUGGGUGGAAAACAAUCAGUCCCAGUGUGUUUUUUGGACCAAAAACAAAAUAAGUGGGACACACUAGACCUCACUCUGGAUCGAGAAGGCUGUACAGUAACAUCACUUAAUGAGGAGCUCUAUGUAAUUGGUGGCAAGGAUUCAUGGCAAGAUGUUCAAAUUUACACUCCAUUUCUUAACAAAUGGAGACAAGGGACAUCAAUGGAAACUACUCGUGCUGGACACAGUGCAGUUGUACUACAAGGACAUAUUUAUGUCGUUGCUGGUUACAAUGGUAAGGUUUGUCUAAGCAGUGCAGAGUGUUACAAUCCAUCAACUGACCAAUGGGCUGAGAUCUCAGGUAUGUCUAAGGUGCGAAGGUCUGCAGCUGCUGUGGCAGUUGGAAGAAACAUUUUUGUUGUUGGAGGAUUUGGUGACAUGACAAGUUUAACCAUAGAACCUUCCUGUGAAAUAUUUUCCCAAGGAGCAAAUCAGUGGAGUCUGGUGCCUAGCCUUAGUAUUCCUCGUGCUGCAAGUGGUAUUGUGAGUAUCGGAGACAAAGUUUAUUUGUUUGGAGGGGAGGAUGAGGACGACUACCAAAACGAUGUGCUCUGUUGUGAUUUAGGAAAAAAUGAAUGGCAUAAGAUAUCAGUUAUACCUACUGGACAACGCUAGUUUGUGCAAGCAUCAUUGCUCAAAUUGUCAAAAAAGUUGAUAACAUCUUAUUUCUCAAAAAGAUAGGAAGCUGUCAACACUUUGAUAGAAUUGAGGCAGGUCAUGUGUUCAGUGACUAAUCACAAUAAGGGUGAGGACAUGUAAACAAACCUAAAAACCACAAACUGAUUACAAUUGCCCUGAGCAGUUAAGUUUAAUUUUAUGAUGAAGAUAGGCUACUUCCUUGAAACACAAUAUAAUUCUAUGAAUAGCUCUGGUGUUCAUUAUUUCUAAGUUUCAUAAUUAAUAUGAGUCACCAAAAGUAUUGCUGCACUUAGGUAGGAGGCAGUUACUGAGGUUUUGUAGCCAACUACACAGGAAAAAGAAAAGAACCGUAAACUUUGUUUUUCUUUAUUUUUCUUUUUAACUUACUGCAGAUAAAAUGAUUUUACUCAAACAUUCUACAGAGUGUUAGAGUUGUACAAACCUGUUACUGAAGGGUUGCCUUUUGUGUAUAUUCUUUUUUUAAGAUUAUUAUUCUUUUUUUUAUUUUUUACAGAAGGAUUGUUCCUUAGGCCACUUUACUGUAUUUGUUAGUUUGCAGAUGGCUGGAAACAUUCAUUCAGUAACAUUCCCCCCUCCCCCCCUCCUCCAAAAUAAAGAAUAUUAAUCAAUACCAAACAUAUUUUAGUCAAUUAAUUAAAAUACAAACAAGCCAGUUUGAAAGGACAUAAAUUACUAUUUUGUACCCCAAUUUUCUAUUCUAUGAUGUGAUCUGCAGUUCACUUGUCUUUAAGAAUGAUUGAAUUUCUGAUGUGCUGGUUUAUUUUCCUUACUGCCUAUAACAGUUAGAAAAAUGACAUUCCUUUCCCCUGACGUAAUAUUUUUUGAAAUCAAGUAGACUGACAACAACAUUUAGAAUUAACUGUCUUUAAAAAGGUUGCAAAAAGACAAAAUGAAGAAAUGAAUAACCUUAGCAACUAGAAAGGAACUGGUCAAUUACUAGCUAGGAAUGCUUCUUAAUCCAUACAAGCAAUUUACACUGUAAACACCAAGAUACUUACCAACAAGUUUCAACAUGUUAAACAUUGAAAUAUAGAAUGAA